AUGAUGCGAGCCGCGUCGUCACCGUUAGAACCUCUGAAUAAGAAUAUUUUAUUGGCGGGAGAAGUGAUUGCGGAGAAGUGGAAAAUUGGGGAGAAGAUCGGCGAGGGCACGUUCAGUCAAAUCUACUCGGCGUACUCGAUCGAGAGUCGGGAUAAAGUGGCAGUGAAAGUCGAAGCACCGAGUGCACUCAAGCCAGUGUUGGAGUGGGAGAGCUUGAUCCUCAAAAGCCUCCAGGACUGCCCCUAUGUGUGCCGAUACUUUUACCACGGCAAACACGGAGACAGCACAGUGUUGGUGAUGGAGCUGCUUGGGGAGAGCAUGUCGAUGCUGCGAAUGUCUCCUGACUCGAUUCAUGGUGUUCCACUGGCCAAGUCGGUGUCGGUGGGACUAGAGAUGCUGGAUUGUAUUGAAGCAUUCCAUCGACACGGAUACGUGCAUCGUGAUAUCAAGGCGUCAAACUUUGCGCUAAGUGCUGUUGAGCGGCAUUUGCUGAAACAGCAGCGAUACAAUAUUAUUGACUUUGGACUGUCAAGGCAGCAUAUUGGAGAAGACCGGCAGGUGCUGCCAGCGCGCCCGGUUGCUGAGUUCCGAGGCACUUCCAUGUAUGCCUCGUUAAGCUCGCAUCGCCGGCAAGAGCUGGGACCAAAGGACGAUUUAUGGUCGUGGUUUUAUCUCGUCAUGGACUUUCUGCGCGGCGAAUUGCCGUGGGCUACUGACGCGCAGCUGAAAAAUCGUCAGACUGUGCUAAGUCUGAAGGAACACUACACAGAGCUGAAUCCAGGCUUGUUAGUUGAAGGUCUUCCAGGUGCCAUGCACUUGCUGGAGAUGAUGGAUUAUCUGCAGUCGCUCAAGUACGAAGACCUUCCAGAUUACGCCAAAAUUCGCAAGCAACUCCAAGCGGUCCGGGACAGUUCCCUCGUUUUGGACAAUAGCGACAGCGGUGGCGAGGAAGUUUAUGCCCACAAAAAGGCCAAUCACGUGCUGACUCCUGCAUCUGAGAUUGAUUGGGACGCUAUCGAUUCUGAGCGAGAGCGAGCACUGACUUGGACUAGGAAAGCAGAUGAACUGACGAAUGGUGACGGAGCGUCGCACAUGCUGCUGGCAAUUGCAAAGCGAUACAAGACGUUCUUCGACAGCGAUGGCCUAUCGCUCGACGAACGAGUGCGGGUGCAAAGUGCAGUCUAUCAUAUUGAGAAGAAGUUGCGCACACGUUCGAGCUUUCUCGCUCCUCCACCCAUUCAAAGCUUUGUGAAGCGCCGUCAGUCAGAGCAAAAGAUGCGAUCCGAUGCGCUGCGAAAGCGCCGUGAAAAAGAUCUCGUGGUGCGUCAAGCUUUGGAGAUCAAGAAUGACGAACGGACUUCCUUAAUGCAGGGCUCCCGCGAGGAGUUGCCAGGAGUUGUCAAUGGAGAAGGGACUACCGAAUCACAGAGUGGGAUAAACCCUGGUUUGGUCCCGCCAGAGAGAUUCAUGGCAGAUUCAGGCAGUGAAGUUGUGAGGACCAGACAAAAGGACAACUGGCCGGAAGCCGCCGUAUCCGCUUCCAAUCGUCAGGGUGCACUACUCGAUGAACGACACCAUAUGGCGUCCAGACCGACACCUCAACAUCACCUACCAUACACGAUGCCUCUGACAUCCCCGGCAUCUCGGAGGGAUCAUAUCCCGAAUCACGGCGGAGCAGUCCCACCGCCGCUGCCUCCUCCUGGGAUGUCCUCUUCGUCAAAGCGGUUGGGUGCAUUUGAACACCGUUUCCCACCUCCAUUACCGGGACCUGCAAAUAACCACAAACCUCUUCCACCCGCAGGAUUCCCGCCCAAUGAUGCACCCAUGCAUCGUCCACCCCCAUCUCCGCGCAGCGCUAUUCCUGAGCAUCGGUACACUUCUGCGCCUGUGCGACACCAGAGCGCCUCUGUGAAGACAAGAAGUGACGGUUUAUACAGCUAUCAACGGUCUCUGAAGUCUCCGCGCGAACGCAACGGAUUGUCAUCUACGAAGCCAUACACGUCAGAAACGAGAGAAGACCGUGGAUACUCGGCUCAAGGAAUUCAGAAGUCCCCUCGAGAAUUUGUGCCCAGUCGACACCAUGACGCGUCGAAAGAGACCAGAGAAGAUCAUGGCUACAGCCGCUACCAAUGUUCGCAAAAUUCCCCACUAGCUUCCGAUCGUCGUUUUGACUCCAAAAGAGAGAUCAGAGAAGAUCGUGGGUACGGCAGUUACCAUCAUCCUUCACGAAGCACAGAGGUGCUCGUUCCUGAUGCAAGAUAUACAGGUUUGACAACGAUAUCAGAAGACCGUGGAUAUGGACCCCGGAAAGCUCAAGAACCGUCUUCGCGAGAACGCCACGAGCAGUACCGAUCAGGAGGGGUGAUGUACAAGCACCCGGAGAAAGAGCGCUAUUCCGAGGGCAAGCGGUCGCGGUCUUACUCACGAUCACCGCGCCAUGGAGAACGUCACUAUCGUUCGUACUCGCGUUCAUCAUCUCGUUCUCGCUCUCGAUCAUUGUCGUACUCCGGGUCAUCGUCGCGGUCGCGGUCUCGUUCUCGAUCAUCAUCACGACGUAGUCGCUCGCAUCGCCGCACUGAUCACUAUGCCGAUCGCCAUCCUGUAACCAGACGAGAAGGCUCGAAGCUAGGUCACCCGAGUAGACAACGCUCGCGAUCGCGUAGUAGUUCGAGAUCGUCGAGCUCGAUGUCUGCUUCGCCUCCGGCUAAGCACUACCGUCGACGGUCGCCAGAACCCAGCCAUUCAGAAUCUUCGCGGCGACGCUCGUCCCAUGUUACGUCAAGUCAUCGUUCUUACUCAAAUGACCAUCCGAAGGAGUACGUGAAUGACCAUCCAAAGGAGUACGCGAAGGGCUAUCCAAAGGAGUACGUGAAUGACCAUCCGAGGGAGUAUCCGGGCCCGAAGAGCUAUCCAAAGGAGUACGUGAACGACCAUCCGAAGGAGUAUCUCAAGGGCUAUCAGAACGAGUACGUGGGUAACGUGCAGGAACGAGUGAAGAGCUAUCCGAAGGAACACGGGAUCGAGUACUUGGAGACGUAUCCUUCAAAGAGCUACCCGACCGAGCACGAGAACGACUACCGUCGCCAUUCGCCCUUGCCUGAGGGGCGAAACUCGUACCGCCAGCGGCCACAAUAUCGGCAUUCGCCUUCGCAGACUCGGCAUUCGUUAUCGUCUCGAGAGCACAGCAGAGGUGAUGGGUCUUGGGCAGUCGAGCCUCGUGCUAAGCCGAUUGCAGCCCCUGAGAAGCAUCGUCGAUCCACGCGAUGGCAACCAAGGCCGUAG